CCCUCCAGAAAUUAAGGCAGCGGAGCCGGGGCGCCAGACAGCACCCUACGUGAAGCCCUGCGCGAAGCGGCCAGGCCAUGGAGAACGAGUCAGGGGAGAAGCCUGGGGCAAGGGCCGCUGAGGCCGAGCUCGGGUUCGAGGCUGAUGAGGCGCCGGUGGGGCUGCGCGAGGCGGUACGCGCCUUGAGGGCGGACGUGGCACACUUCCAGCGUGGCGUGGAGCAGCGAGUGGCCGAAGCGCUGGGGCUGGCGGGGCCCCUGGCACGCACCGUGGCCGAGCUGCAGAGCGAACACGAGCGGCUGCGGGCCCACCUGGGGCAACUGGCACGCCACGUGGAGGCGCUGGCGCGCGCCACCGGCCUGCCCCUGGACAGCGGGCCUGAGCCCCGGGCCGAGCCGGCGUCCCCCGGACCCCGUGGGCCCCCGCGCUUCGCCAGCCACGCAGUGCUCUCGCUGUCAGGCCGUGGCCAGAGCCUGGAUCAGGAAGAACGGGCUGAUUCGGAGGUGAAGAGAAUCUCAAAUGUCUCAGUUAUGGAGAAUGGGCACCAGGUGAUGGCAGAGUUCCCUGGGCCCCUCGAGCCCCAUCCCUCGAGCAGGUCUCUUUGCAUGCCCCACCAGCCUGUCACUGCCAUCACCCGGGGCCCAGAGAAGGUUUCGGGGGAAAUUGUGUCCCCAACCCUGGCCCGCUCUGGUGCCUUCAGGGCCACCCAGGGGCACAGCGCAAGCCUCAGCGAGGCAGUGAAGACUUCCAGCCAGCCAGAGAAGAGCCUCAGGGUCACCGGGUCCUCCUCAGUCAGUAGCUUUGGGAUGACCAGUGUCUUUGUCAACAGUGAAAGCCCUUCCUCCAGCUUCCAGCAGGCGACCCCUCCCAAAUCGCCAUCCCCACCACCGCCAGCAGUCAGCCAUCGGCAGGGGGAGCGUCGCAGGGAGCUGGUGAGAUCCCAGACACUGCCACGGACCUCUGGGGCUCAGGCCCGCAAAGCUCUUUUCGAGAAGUGGGAACAAGAUGCCGGCAAGGGCCGAGGGGAGUCCCGGGCCAAGCUCAAGCGCUCACAGAGCUUUGGUGUGGCCAGCGCAAGCAGCAUCAAGCAGAUUCUUUUGGAAUGGUGCCGCUCCAAGACCAUCGGGUACCAGCAUGUCGACCUCCAAAACUUCUCCUCCAGCUGGAGUGAUGGCAUGGCCUUCUGUGCCCUCAUCCACUCCUUCUUCCCAGAAGCCUUUGACUACAACUCCCUGGACCCGGGUGAGCGGAAGAAGAACUUUGAGCUGGCCUUCUCCAUGGCCGAGAACCUGGCUCAGUGUGACCGCCUCAUCGAGGUAGACGACAUGAUGGUGAUGGGCCGGAAGCCGGACCCCAUGUGUGUCUUCACGUACGUGCAGUCCCUGUAUAACCACCUACGCCGCUUUGAGUGACCUCAGGGGCCUGCCCCCUAGGGCCGCCCAGAAAAGGCCCGGCCCCUCGAGGUCAGUCCCUCCCAGGCAUGGGGUCAGCGAGGGUGGCAGAUGAGCUGGAAGAGCCGCUGAACUGGAGGAGGAGAAAGGGUGCAGACGUUGGUGCUAUGAAAUCACCCCCUUCCCUGGGAGAGUCCAGAAUGGGAAAGGCUGAGGUGGCCCACCAUAGGCUUCUCACAAAGUGCCUUUAUGGAUCAUGCGGUGUGCCUCAGGAUGCAGCACCUGUGGUGAACCCCCCAGGCUCCCUCCCUGGAGUGUCUGAGCCCCAGGCUGUGGGGCAUGCUAAACUCCUGCCAAGGCCACCUCCCCCAAGUACCCUCCCUGGGCCCCCCCCCAUAGCGGGCUCAGUCACUCGGCUGGUCUCUUUUUAGAGGGUUGCUGCAGCCAUUUAUAAGGUCGUGUGACCUGUGUCGAUGCUCAUUUGUACAUAAAAGAUGUGCACCCA